GACAUGACUAUGGUGGAUCCUCUGGGAAGCAUCAACAACAUCCUGAUGCUGACGAGGCAGAGAAGAGUCUCUCCAUAUCAGAACACCAGAUGGACAACGCUAGCCCUUCCUCCCUCCCAGAGUCCCUGUGUCGUGCCUCUCCCGGUAGCGCCUUACUGGGUAUGAAGAGGUUGUCUGUGCUGCUGGUGGACUGCAAGAAAACAACAGGGCUGAGUGGAACUGUGAGAGGAGGAGCAGAGAAGAAAGGAUCAGAUUUGACACAUCAAAGAGAAAGACCAGACUCAGUGGAACCAGAGGCAGGGACGUCCAAACCAGCAAGAAGACACCAGUGCUCCCAAUGUGGAAAGGGUUGUAACCGGUUUUGGGACCUGAAACAACAUGAGAAAAUACACACAGGGGAGAAGUCUUACAACGGCUCCCAGUGUGGAAAGAUUUUUAAAGAUUUAGUGAAUCUGAAACAAAAUGAGAAGCCUUAUCACUGCUCCCAGUGUGGCAAGUGUUUCGCCCAGGUAGGGAAUCUGAAACAGCAUGAGCUAGUACACACAGGGGAGAAGCCUUACCACUGCUCCCAGUGUGGCAAGUGUUUUAGCCAGUUAGGGAAUCUUAAACAGCAUGAGCUAGUACACACAGGGGAGAAGCCUCACCACUGCUCCCAGUGUGGCAAGUGUUUCAGCCAGUCAAGGGAUCUGAAAAAACACGAAAGAAUACACACAGGGGAGAAGCCUUACCACUGCUCCCAGUGUGGCAAGUGUUUCACCCAGUUAGGGAAUCUUAAACAGCAUGAGCUAGUACACACAGGGGAGAAGCCUUACCACUGCUCCCAGUGUGGCAGGUGUUUUAACCAGUUAAGUACUCUGACACGACAUGAGCUAGUACACACAGGGGAGAAGCCAUACCACUGCUCCCAGUGUGGCAAGUGUUUUAACCGGUCAGGACACCUGAAAGCUCAUGAGCUAGUACACACAGGGGAGAAGCCUUACCGCUGCUCCCAGUGUGGCACGUGUUUUAACCAGUUAAGGACUCUGAAACGACAUGAGCUAGUACACACAUGGGAGAAGCCAUACCACUGCUCCCAGUGUGGCAAGUGUUUUAACCGGUCAGGACACCUGAAAGCUCAUGAGCUAGUACACACCGGGGAGAAGCCUUACCGCUGCUCCCAGUGUGGCAAGUGUUUUAACCAGUUAUUGACUCUGAAACGACAUGAGCUAGUACACACAGGGGAGAAGCCAUACCACUGCUCCCAGUGUGGCAAGUGUUUUAAGCUGUCAGGACACCUGAAAGCUCAUGAGCUAGUACACACAGGGGAGAAGCCUUACCACUGCUCCCAGUGUGGCAAGUGUUUUAACCAGUUAUGGACUCUGAAACGACAUGAGCUAGUACACACAGGGGAGAAGCCUUACCACUGCUCCCAGUGUGGCAAGUGUUUUAGCCAGUUAGGGAAUCUGAAACAACAUGAGCUAGUACACACAGGGGAGAAGCCUUACCACUGCUCCCAGUGUGGCAAGUGUUUUAACCAGUUAGGGAGCCUGAAACAACAUGAGCUAGUGCACACAGGGGAGAAGCCAUACCACUGCUCCCAGUGUGGCAGGUGUUUCAACCGGUCAGGACACCUGAAAGCUCAUGAGCUAGUACACACAGGGGAGAAGCCUUAACACUGUUCCCAGUGUGGAAGAAGUUUUAACCAGAAAAACAGCCUGAACCAACAUGAGAAAAUACACAGAGGUGAGAUGCAUUACCACUCCUCCCAGGGUGCAAAGCAUUUCCCCAUUUAGGAAGCCUGAAAGAGCAUGACACAGAGGAGAAAGCUUACAAAAGCUUAGACUUUGGGAAAACAUAUUACUCAUAACAAUCACUUAAACGUCAUUAGAGAAUCCACACAGGAGAGAGAAAUUACUUCUCUUAGCGUGUAUAUUGAUAUUUCACAUCUCAUUUUUCUUACAAUUCAUCAGAGAACAUACACAGUGAUCCCGUUGUCUUAUAUUGUUGCCUUAUAAUGUGUUUACCUGUUUUUACCAGAUGAAAUUGCUUCUUCCAAUUAUUGAUAAACAUGUACUGACUGUUAGAACUGUUCCAUGGAUUGAUGAGGAAUUUAAAAGCUGUAUGUUUGAAAGAGAUGGGGCAAAAGAGUGGCUAAUAAGUCUGGCUGCACAUCUGGCUUACAUACUGCAAAUUGAGAAAUGAUGUGACCAAACUCAACAAAAAUAAUCAACUUUAUUAGGAAGCCAAGAUCAAUGAUAUAAAGAAUGAUGGAAAAAAAACACCAUGAAAGAAAAGUAGUGCAAGUAUCGAAUUUUGUAAAGUUAGUGUGGGAGAGGUGGAAAAAUUGUUAUCGAUCAAUAAUGACAAACCUCCUGGCAUUGACAGCUUAGGAGUGGCUAUAGAGUCAGCUACUGUCCUCAGUAGCUUUCCAUCCAUCUGUCAUAUUUUUAAUAUGAGCCAAGAGGAAAGUCCACCAAAUUAAUCCACUACCCAAGAGUGGUAAAGCGGCCUUUACUGGUUCUAACAGCAGACCUAUAAGCUUGCUGCCAGCUCUUAGCAACCUAUUGGAAAACAUUGUGUUUUACCAAAUGUAAUGCUAUUUCUCUGUAAACAAAAGAACAACAGACUUUCAGCAUGCUUAUAGAGAAGGGCACUCAACAUGUACUGCACUAACACAAAUGACUGAUGAUUGGUUGAGAGAAAUUGAUAACAAGAAGAUUGUGGGAGCUCUAUUGUUAGAUUUCAGUGCAGCCUUUGAUAUUAUUGACCAUAACCUGUUGUUUAAGAAUGUUUGUGCUAUGGCUUUUCAACCUCUGCCAUAAUGUGGAUUCAGAGCUGUCUAUCUAAUAGAACUCAGAGGGUUUUUAAUGGAAGCUUCUCUAAUGUCAAACAUAUGAAGUGUGAUGUACCGCAGGGCAGCUCUCUAGGCCCUCUACUCUUUUCUAUUUUUACCAAUGGCCUGCCACUGGCAUUAAACAAAGCAUGUGUGUCCAUGUAUGCUGAUGAUUCAACCAUAUAAGCAUCAGCAACCACAGCUAAUGAAGUCACUGAAACCCUUAACAAAUAGUUGCAAUCUGUUUUGGAAUGCGUGGCCAGUAAUAAACUGGUCCUGAACAUCUCUAAAACUAAGAGCAUUGUAUUUGGUACAAAUCAUUCCUCAAGUUCUAGACCUCAGCUGAAUCUGGUAAUGAAUUGUGUGGCUGUUGAACAAGUUGAGGAGACUAAAUUACUUGGCAUUACCUUAGAUUGUAAACUGUCAUGGUCAAAACAUAUAGAUUCAAUGGUUGUAAAGAUGGGGAGAGGUCUAGCCGUAAUAAAGAGAUGCUCUGCUUUUUUGAUACUACUCUCCACAAAUCAAGUUCUGCAGGCUCUAGUUUUGUCUAAUCUUGAUUAUUGUCCAGUCGUGUGGUCCAGUGCUGCAAGGAAAGACCUAGUAAAAGCUGCAGCUGGCCCAGAACAGAGCGGCUGUCACGCCCUGGCCAUAGAGAAGCUUUUAUUCUCUAUUUUGAUUAGGCCAGGGUGGGCAUUCUAUGUUCCUUUUUCUGUGUUUUUGUAUUUCUUUGUUUUUGGCUGAGUGUGGUUCCCAAUCGGAGGCAGCGGUCUAUCGUUGUCUCUAAUUGGGAAUCAUACUUAGGCAGCCUUUUUCCACCUGUGUUUUUUGGGUAGUUGUUUUCUGUAUAGUUGAUUUGUCUUACAGAACUGUUCGUUCUUCUCUUUGUUAUUUUGUUCUAAUGUUUUUUGAUGAAAUAAAAAUCAUGAACACUUACCACGCUGCGCUUUGGUCCAUGCCUUCCGACGAGAGACGUGACAAUUAUGUGUCAUGUUUUGUGUUGACCGCAGGAGGGGUAGCUGCUGCUUUUGCAACAGCUAAUGGGGAUCCUAGUAAAAUACCAAAUACCAAACUCUGUUGUUCUCUCUGAGCUCAGAAAUAAAGAAUCUUGGUUUGA